UCUAGCGCUAAGGUUAAAGGUUUGCGGUGUAACAUCAACAACACUGUAGAUCGGGACUACCAUUGAUUUGGAAUUAUUGGUUAUUUGGUUGGAUCAGUACAUUUAGACGGUUAGUCGCAGUUAGUUGGAAGUAGACUGAGCUGAGAAUAUACACUUAUUUCAUCGAGGGAUUUAAUCCAACGGCAAUUCCAGCCAACUGAUCGAGUUACUCGCUACACUUAUACUAAAUAUUUGAAUUCCAGAAAUGAAAUUCUCCCAAACCAAGGAAGAAAACUGGAAUUUUUCUAGUGUAGUGGAGGGGUUAAGAGAUCUUUACGACAGAAGACUGAAGCCUUUGGAAGUGACAUAUUUGUUCCCACAGUUUCAUUCACCAACACUUGAUGCAGGAGAAUUUAGUUCCAAGCCAAUGAUUCUUCUUUUGGGUCAGUAUUCUACAGGCAAAACCACGUUUAUCAAAUACCUUCUAGGAUCCGCCUUCCCGGGUAUGCAUAUUGGCCCAGAGCCGACAACCGACAGAUUUAGUGUUGUUAUGUCUGGGGAUGAAGGCAUUAUUCCUGGGAAUGCUCUUGUUGUCGACGCCCAAAAACCUUUUCGCCCUCUUUCAAAAUUCGGAAAUAAUUUUCUGAACCGCUUUCAAUGUUGCCAAAUCCGGAAUCCUGUUCUGGACAGCAUAGUCAUUAUUGAUACACCUGGUAUAUUAAGUGGUGAAAAACAGAGGUUAGAUCGUGGUUAUGACUUCACAGCUGUUGUUCAGUGGUUUGCAGAACAUGUUGACAGAAUAAUCCUACUUUUCGACGCUUAUAAACUCGAUAUAUCAGACGAGUUUAGGCGAGUGAUAGAAUCUCUCAGAGGUUAUGACGACAAAGUCCGUAUUGUUCUUAAUAAAGCUGAUAUGAUUGAUGCACAACAAUUGAUGCGCGUUUACGGAGCAUUAAUGUGGGGUCUUGGUAAAGUAUUAGGGACUCCGGAGGUUGUUAGAGUAUUUAUCGGGUCAUUUUGGGACCGACCACUGCGAUAUGACGUUAACCGUCACUUAUUUGAGUUGGAGUCACAGGAUUUAUUUAAAGACCUUCGAAGUUUGCCUUCUAACGCGGCCAUGCGGAAACUAAAUGAUAUGAUACGACGAGCAAGGCUAGCUAAAGUACAUGCCUACAUAAUUGGUCAUCUUAAGAAACAGAUGCCUUCAAUCGUUGGGAAAAACAAAAAGAAGCAAGAACUUAUUAACAAUUUACAGCAGAUAUAUGAUUCUAUUUCACGUUUACACCAUGUAUCUCCUGGUGACUUCCCUAAACUCUCUCAUAUGCAGAGUAUUUUGAGUGAACAGGAUUUUACAAACUUCCCCUCUCUUAAAGAAAGGCUUAUUGAACAAGUCGACGUUAUGUUAACUCAGGAGAUCCCUAAAUUAAUGCAGAUGAUACCAAUUGAACAAACAGCGGCUGUUCAACAGGGUAAAAGUUUAAUCAAAGGAGGAGCUUUCAACGAUAGUGUAAUUGAUAGUCCAUUUACGGCAGAUGCUGAUAUGGCUAUUAAUCGUGGACGAUAUAAUGAUAAGUCGGCCUUAGAGGACGAUAAAGAUGAGCUCAUAAAAGAAUUUGAAAGUCUUCAACCAGUUGAUGGUCUCCUUUGUGGAAGCGGACGAUUAAAAGCGAAAUUGAUGGAAUCUCAUUUACCUAAUAUCACAUUAAGUCGUAUAUGGAAACUUUCAGACAUUGAUAAAGACGGUUAUCUUGAUAUCGAUGAAUUCAUUGUUGCUAAGCGUUUGGUCAACAUAGCGGUUAACGGUGGUGAAAUUCCAGAAACUCUACCAGGGCACUUAAUCCCACCUAGUAAACACAAAUAUAUUUCACCGACUAUAAAUGGUAUAGGUGAUUAUAAUGAAACAAAAUAUUAAACCGCAUUGAUCUCGUGUUAUCGAUGAAGCCACAAAAUAUAAUAACUGGUUUAUACUGAGACUAUCACUGUUAGCGGUUAGGAGUGCAGCAUUGUCACUUCAUAUUGUCCUAUCUUUUAGAACAAAUUUACUCUUAUUCUCCUAAAAAUGACAUACUAAUGUGCUAAAAAUUUCAGAAAUAUUUUACCUGUGAUAUUAUUGAAGUCUGUUCUUUUUCAUACUCAUUUCUGUACGUCUGUAUCUGAUGAAUUACCUCCGAAUGAAUGCAGGAAAUAAAACAUUCAGUAUGAAGAAGUCUUCAGGUUCUCGCUAUUUGUUUUUUUUCUUAUAUUUUAGAAAAUGUAAUCAAAUUUCACACUAGCUUGAUUAUGUGCCUAUUAUUCUUUCAUAUUUGGAUCCUAUCGUUAUUGCACUUAUUUUUUCGUAAACUGUCUAUUCAACUGUGUCGUGUAUAUUAUCAUUGAAUUUACUUAUUCUAUUAAUUAUUUAUCUCUUGAUGUUUAGUUGCACUUUUUGACUAACAAACAUUAUUUUUAUUUUUUUGUGGAGGAAGAAAUCAUUUGAUUUUGUUAUAAUUCAACAUUCCACUAUUUUUACGCUAAUAGAUUCAUCCAAUUAGUAGUUUUUUAUUAUUUAUCUAUAACAGAUUUAUUCUGUAUUAUAGGUGUUUUAUGAAAUAACAGGUUGGAUGGAAAAUCUUCAGCGUCAGUCACUAUUAAGUUAUUUAAUUAUGAAUUGUUUAUGUCUUUAGUUGAAGCACGGCUUGUCAAUAGGAAACCAAAAGGAAAGACAAAUUUUGUCAAACAUGAUUUGCCCCAUGAAUGAUCUCUGGAAUGCUAAAAAUCUGGAUUCGUAUCCAUAUAUGUUACUAGUGCAUAAUAUUCAUUGUUAAGUGUUUAUUCCAUCAUUUGAUUUAUGAACCGGACAUUAGUUUUGUAUGUGGAAAGUAUUUCUUGCCCUGGUUACGGCCAAGAGUGGGGAGAGUUAGCUCUCUCAAAUGCUCUCACAUGGCUGCGUGCAUACAACCACUGUCAGGGAAGUCUUCCUUCUCGCGGCGGGGGUGCUUUUUACGAAAUUGAGAGGACGAAAAGCGAGUGUCCGGCGCUUUAAUAGGGUUGGUGGAUACGGUUGAUCCACCUAGGGGAGUUGGGAAACCCUGAUUCUAAACCAAUGGUGCACAUGGGCUCC